GGAACUCGACGUUAUCGAAAAGCUGCCACGUCCCGAGCAAGUUGCGCUCACGACUACGAUACUUGAUAUUAGCAGUAAUAAGUUCACGAGUUUGCUGCCAAACAUCACAUUCGGCUAUGCAAACGUUUCAAAACUCUACGCUUCGAACAAUAAAAUCUUCAACAUAAGUCUCUUUGAACUUCCAACCAAUUUGACAGUGCUGGAUCUACGUAAUAAGCGUUUAAAAUCGUUAAGUACUGAUUUUUUGCGUUCUUUUCUCAAUAAGAGCAAGAAACUACAAUUUUUGAAUUUGAGUGCAAAUCCAUGGUGUUGCGACUGUGCUGCUCAACAGCUGCUCUACACGAUACGCGCACAUCGGCAACGCAUACCCGAUGUCGAGCAGUUACGAUGUGAUAAUCUACAGAAUGAUACCCUCUUAACAGCGAACGUGAGCGAAUUAUGCCAAACUGAUAUUAAAGUUAAACAUUAUAAGUACCUGACCGUGGCUGUCACUUCUGCAGCGUCACUUAUUAUUAUUUUACUUCUCAUCAUCGCGUUAUUCUAUAAAUAUAAUUUACAAGUGAAAGUCUGGUUAUACAGUCGCAACAUAUUGAGCUGUUGCAUUAAUGAGCAUGAGCUGGAUAAGAAUAAAACAUUCGAUGCGUUCUCUCCUAUGCACACCAAGAGGCUGACUUCGUUAACCAAACAUUACUGCCACAACUCGAGCAAUGCGAACCACCAUUUCGUAUAUGCACGCACGAACGGAAUUGGUUGGCAGGCGCGUAUAUACCUGAACAAAUCAUCGAAUCGGUUGAGCAGUCGCGUCGUACGAUCAUUGUUCUCUCGCAGCACUUCAUCGAAUCGG